UCCAGAACCAGGACUAAACCAGGACUAAACCAAGACUAAACCAGGGACCAAAGCAGGAACUAAACCAGGACUAAACCAGGACUAAACCAGGACCCGGAUCCUUUUCUCUGUGGAUUUAACAGUCUCUUCUUGAACCACGUGGAAUACAAAUUUCCAAAUUUUUUCCUGACCGGACCCUUUUUUCUGGAUUAUUUUUCUUGUAAUUUAUUUUAAAAAAUAAUUUCAGAGGAAUUUUGAAGAAUCUGAAACCACGGUCAUGAAAAUAGAAUAUUUUUAAAGUCCAACAUCCGUGACUUAAAUGUGUCUCUCUAUAAACCUUGGUAAGGUGAUUUAAAGUUCCUGUUUUGCAUAAAACUCUGAAUCUGAAACAGCAAUAAAAAUUCUAAACCAGGACAAAAACUCUUCAAACCAGCAGGAAAAUGAAAUAAAUUAUAACAAAAAUCUGACUUAAAUUUGCUCAGAAAAAUAAACACCAGCUCCUUUUGGACAGUGCCGAUGUUACCUUAAGAUUUAAAACAGGAUUAAACCAGGACUGAACCAGGUCCAACGCAGGUCCAGCGAAGGUCUAAACCAGGUCUAAACCAGGUCUAAACCAGGUCUAAAACAGGACUAACUAAACCAGAACUAAACCAAGACUGAGCCAAGUCUAGAGUAGGAUUAAACCAAAACUAAACCAGGACUAAACCAAAACUAAACCAGGAACAAAAUAGAACUUAACCAGGACUAAUCCAGAACUAAUGUUGAAUUCAACUUUGGCCAAAACAGGAAUUAAUUAAUUUUAUUUUUUUUUCCCCAAGAAACAAAACAAUGUGAACAAUUUGCUUCUGAGACACUUUGGAGACUAAGGAAAACAAAAGUGCAACAGGACUAAACCAGGACUAAACCAGGACUAAACCAGGACUAUUGGAAUUAAAGAGAGUGGAUUCCAGAGAAGAACACAUGGGCCAAACGAUGGAAGGAGAGGCUCUUGAAUAAUUGAUGUCUCUGAGACCAUGGGCCCCCCGCGAGGCCCCUCCCUCUGUCUGCUCCUGCUCCUCCUUGUCGCUUCCACUCAAUGUCGCAAACUGCGGCGUCUAACCCGCAACCACCCGCCGGACCCUCACCCCCACCCGCACCCCCAGAGCCCGACCAACAAACCCAACAUCACGCUGGCCGUCAUCCUGCCGCACAGUAACACCAAGUACCCGUGGGCGUGGCCUCGUAUCGGCAGCGCCAUUGACCGGGCAGUGCGCACGGUGAACUCUGACCCCCAGCUGCUUCCGGGUCACCUGCUCACGUACGUGUUCAAGUCAAGUCAGGACAAACACGGGAUCUGCUCUGAGUCCAUGGCACCGCUGAUGGCGGUGGACCUGAAGUUGGACUAUGACCCGUGGGCCUUCAUCGGGCCCGGCUGCUCCUACGCCGCGUCGCCCGUGGGGCUGUUCGCCGGGCACUGGGACGUUCCCAUGGUAACCGCGGGUGCGCCCGCCGUAGCGUUCUUCGGCGGCGUGUACCCGUCCAUCACUAACACCGGCCCCACCCACAAGAAGCUGGGGCGCUUCGCCCUGCGCCUCUGCGAGCACUUCGGCUGGAGAGAGCACGUCAUGCUCGUGUUCAGCGACAACAAAGUGGACGACCGGCCGUGCUACUUUGCCAUCGAGGGGCUGUACACGGAACUGCAGGGGGUCAAUGUCACUCUAGAAGAACUGGUGUUUGAGGAGAACAAGACCCCCAUCAACUACUCCAACAUCCUGAGCAACAUACAGAGCGAAGGACGAGUCAUGUUCAUCUGCUGCAUGCCUGACGUCUUCAGGAAGUUGAUGGUUGAAUUCCGCUCGGCUGACCUGCCCCAUGAGCAGUACGUCUUCUUCUACAUUGACGUAUUUGGGGACAGUUUGAACUCUGACCCCAAGACGCCCUGGGCCCAAGGGGACGAAGAGGACGCCAUCGCCAAAGAUGCUUUUCAGAACGUGAAGAUCGUGACGUACAGAGAACCACAGAACCCCGAGUACAAAGAGUUCGUCCACAACCUGAAGGAGGACGCCCUGCACAUGUUCAACUACACUGUAGAAGACACACUGAUGAACAUUAUCGCUGGAGGUUUUUACGACGGUCUGAUGCUCUACAUUCACGCUCUGAACGAGUCCCUCACAGAACUCGCCAGAACUGGACCGAACCAGACCCACAGACGGGACCAGAUCCACGGAUUAGACCUGACCCACGAACCAGCGCGUCCCGGAGGACAGGAGGUGACCCGGAGGAUGUGGAACCGCACCUACUACGGAGUGACUGGAGCUCUGCACGUGGACGAGAACGGAGACCGAGAGACGGACUUUGCCCUGUGGGACCUGAGUGACACCAACUCCUCUGUGUAUCAGAUCGUGAUGGUCUUCACUGGGUCAGAUGAGUCUCUGGCCGUUGUCCCUGGAACUCAGCUGCACUGGCUCUCAGGGGCCCCCCCACGAGACGUGCCCCUGUGCGGGUUUAAGAACGACAACCCUCUCUGCCUAGCCAAGACGAUCACGAUCCAUCAGCUCGUGUCCAUCAUCCUCUUCUUUAUCUUCAUCAUGACCCUCACCGUCACUGUCUUCAUCUACAGGAGGAUGAAGCUGGAGAAGGAGCUGGUGGCUCAGCUCUGGAGGAUUCACUGGGAAGACAUCCACAUGAGCAACCUGGAUAAAGUGCUGAGGAGCGGCAGCCGCAUCACCCUCUCCCUGAGAGGCUCAAACUACGGCUCUCUGAUGACCGGCGACGGAAACCUGCAGGUGUUUGCCAAGACCGGAUACUUCAAGGGGAACAUUGUGGCGAUCAAAUACAUAAGCAGGAAGCGAGUGGAGCUGAACAGGAAGGUGCUUUUUGAGCUCAAACAUAUGAGAGACAUUCAGAACGAGCAUCUGACACGUUUCAUCGGCGCCUGCAUCGACCCUCCAAACAUCUGCAUCAUCACAGAGUACUGCCCCCGUGGGAGUCUGCAGGACGUCUUGGAGAACGACAGCAUCACUCUUGACUGGAUGUUCAAGUAUUCACUCAUCAACGACAUAGUCAAGGGCAUGCUGUUCCUCCAUAACAGUGUGAUCGUGUCUCAUGGGAAGCUGAAGUCGUCCAACUGUGUGGUGGACAACCGCUUCGUCCUGAAGAUCACAGACUACGGACUGUCCAGUUUCAGAGCGGACAGUGAGAACGGAAAGGACGCCCACGCAUACUACGCACAGCGCUUGUGGAUGGCUCCUGAGCUGCUGCGUCUGGAGGCUCCGCCCCCUCAGGGCACACAGAAGGGUGACGUCUACAGCUUCGGCAUCGUGCUCCAGGAGGUGGCGCUACGACGAGGCACCUUCUACAUCCAGGGAGACCCGCUCAGCCCUAAAGAGAUCGUGGACCGUGUGGUGCUUGGGGAGUGGCCCUGCCUCAGGCCCACAAUCGACCCUCAGGUCCACAGCCCCGAGCUGGGUACUCUCAUGACCCGCUGUUGGGCCGAAGAGCCCACUGAGAGACCAGACUUCAGCCAGAUCAAAGUCCUGCUGCGCAAACAGAACAAGGAGUCCCGGACAAACAUCUUGGAUAACCUUCUGUCUCGGAUGGAGCAGUACGCCAACAACCUGGAGGAGCUGGUGGAGGAGAGGACUCAGGCCUACCACGAGGAGAAGAGGAAGGCUGAGGCUCUGCUCUACCAGAUACUACCACAUUCGGUGGCGGAGCAGCUGAAGCGUGGGGAGACGGUUCAGGCUGAAGCCUUCGACUCUGUGACCAUUUACUUCAGUGACAUCGUGGGAUUCACGGCCAUCUCUGCAGAGAGCACCCCCAUGGAGGUUGUGACUCUGUUGAACGACCUCUACACCUGCUUUGACGCCAUCAUCGACAACUUCGAUGUUUACAAGGUGGAGACGAUCGGUGACGCGUACAUGGUGGUCUCAGGGUUACCGGUGCGGAACGGGAAACUCCACGGCAGAGAGGUGGCCCGGAUGGCUCUGGCUCUGCUCCAGGCCGUCCACUCCUUCAGGAUACGACACCGACCAGAACUUCAGCUCAAACUGCGCAUCGGCAUCCACAGCGGUCCGGUGUGUGCCGGAGUGGUCGGCCUCAAGAUGCCUCGAUACUGUCUGUUCGGAGACACCGUGAACACGUCAUCACGAAUGGAGUCGACAGGAGAAGCGUUGAAGAUCCAUGUUUCUUCUGCGACCCGCGAUGUUCUCAUGGACUUCAACAGUUUUCAGCUGGAGCUCCGAGGAGAAAUCGACAUCAAGGGGAAGGGCAAGAUGACCACGUACUGGCUGCUCGGGGAAUCGGACCCACAACCUCCCAACGACUGACAAUACAGACCAGCAACUGUGGGAAUUCAACCAGCAACCUGCAAUAUCCUCUGCACCUCUGACCUCUCCUCUGUUCCUCUGACCUUCUCCUCUGUUCUCUGACCUUCUCCUCUGUUCCUCUGACCUUCUCCUCUGUUCCUCUGACCUUCUCUCUCUGUUCCUCUGACCCUCUGUUCUUCUCCUCUGCUCUUCAGACCAUCUCCUCUGCUCCUCUGACCCUCUAUUCUUCUCCUCUGUUCCUCUGUUCCUUUGACCUCCACUGUACCAUAGUUUUACUGUAAAGUUUCUGCUGCGCUAUGGUGACGUUGGCUCAUGGAGUAAGAAUCUUAUCAAAAACAAAGACUUUUAUUUUGAAGGAGCGAUGGACCCACCAAAAAGCAACACAAUAUUAAGGUCACAUGGUACAAAGACUAAACCGGCGGAUCUACACAAAACGUAGAUCCAACCACACACAACAGCGACACUGUGUCUCCCUCUGGGACACAAACAAAGGAUUUUUCAUUUUCCUCGUGGGAUUCUUGGUACAGUUUUGGUGAAUCCUGGAGACGGACUGAACCGGGACUGAACCAGGACUUUUGGAUUCUGUGAAAGACUUGAUGUUCUGUGGUGGAAGACGGUCGUGGUGCACAGAAGCAGAUAUUUUUCUAUAGGCCUAUUCCAGUGUUAACGUGGACUGUAAAAUAUGUAGAAAGUAGAAAUCUAAAUAAACUUAUGUUGGGUCAGAA